GCCUGCAGAGCACACACCACCCUGUGGAUAUAUCUCUCAGAUCCACCAGUCCAUCCAUACUGGGAGCACAGUGGGACAUCCACCUGUCCAGGUACGCUGAAGAAAGCCAUGAAGUUGUAUCCUGCCAUAGCUGUGUUUCUGUGCUGUGUUGCUGCUAGCUUGACGUGGGCUGCCAAAAUCGUGAUCGUGCCUCCUAUCAUGUUUGAGAGCCACUUGUACAUCUUCAAGACUUUAGCCUCUGCCCUGCAUCAGGAGGGCCACGACACCGUGUUCCUGGUGUCAGAGGGCCGGGAUGUGCCCCCAUCCAAGCACUACCGCCUACAGCGAUACCCUGGUAUCUUCAACAGCACGACUGCGGACGACUUCCUGCAGUCCAAGGUGAAGAACAUCUUCUCGGGACGCUGGACAGCGCUGGAGCUCUUCGACAUCUUGGACCACUACUCUAAGAACUGUGAUGUCAUGGUGGGCAGCGGGGCGCUCAUGUCCCGGCUAAAGGAGGAGAAGUUCGACCUGCUCUUGGUCGAUCCCAACGAGAUGUGCGGCUUUGUGAUUGCCCACCUCCUCGGGGUCAGGUACGCAGUCUUCAGCACAGGCCUUUGGUACCCGGCCGAGGUGGGGGCACCUGCACCUCUCUCCUACGUUCCCGAGUUCAACUCUCUGUUGACUGACAGAAUGACCCUUUUCCAGAGGAUUACAAACACCGCUGUUUACCUGGUCUCCCGCUUUGGGGUACAGUUUCUGGUGCUGCCCAAGUACGACCGGAUAAUGAAGAAGCACAACAUUCAACCCGAGGUGUCGAUGCACGACCUUGUUCAGGGGAGUCGACUGUGGAUGCUUUGCACCGACUUGGCCCUCGAGUUCCCGCGCCCCACCCUACCUCACGUGGUAUACGUUGGAGGCAUUCUCACCAAACCUCCAAACCCACUUCCAGAGGAAUUUCUAAUGUGGGCAAACAGCUCAGAAGAAGAUGGCUUUGUGCUGGUUUCUUUUGGAGCUGGCGUCAAGUACUUGUCUGAGGACAUUGCGAAGAAGCUGGCCGGCGCGUUGGCUCGUCUUCCUCAGAAGGUCAUCUGGAGGUUUUCAGGGACUGCACCCAGCAACCUGGGAAACAACACCAAGCUGGUGGACUGGAUGCCACAGAAUGACCUUCUUGGUCACCCGAACAUCCGAGCCUUCCUCAGCCAUGGGGGUCUCAACAGCAUCUACGAGGCCAUGUACCAUGGGGUGCCAGUGGUGGGAGUGCCACUCUUUGGAGACCACUAUGACACCAUGACCCGGGUGGAGGCCAAAGGAAUGGGCAUAAUGUUGGAGUGGAAAAAAAUGACAGAGGAGGACUUGUAUCAGGCCAUGGUGAAGGUCAUUAAAGACAAAAGGUACCGCCAGCGAGCGCACCUCCUGUCUCACAUCCACAAGGACCAGCCGGGCCACCCGGUGAGCCGUGCCGUCUAUUGGAUCAGCUACAUCCUGAGGCACGGUGGCGCCGAGCACCUGCGCUCCGCCGUCUACACCAUUCCUAUGUACCAGUACUUCCUGGUGGAUGUGGUGGCCGUGCUGCUCGGGACUCUGCUCCUCAUGUUGUACACGGCGCACCGGAUGGUGAGGCUCUUUAAGGCUGAGGGACGCUUGGCAUCCCCCGCCGGCAAGGCCAACGGACACUGCUACAACGGCAUUCCCAACGGGAAGCACAAAAGGAACGGCCACAUCAAGCACGACAAAAAAGUAAAAUAGGGCGUUCUGAGGGUGGACCGCCGGGCUGGAUGAGGCUGUGCGAGCGACUGAUGCGGCGUGUGGAGAGCACCGAUUAACGUCACUUUCACUUAAAACAAGAAAAAAGGCAAACGAGUAAAUAACAAGUGGGGAGGCCAAAGUUCGUACUUUAAAAUGGAGGAAAAAUUUAGAAAACUUUGUUGUUAACCCCAUCCCCCCCCAACCCCCCAGCUCUCCCUUCUGUGAGAUGGAGUGAAUGUUUUGCAGCUCCGAAUGUCGAAUCUGUCCUUGACGUCCGGGUGAACGGCAUAAUUUGACGUCUUAACAUUUAUAACGUGAUCCUUCUAUACAGCUGAACAUCAGGUAAAUAUUUAAAGUAAAUCUAUUUAUUACAGCAGAACUAAUUUUAUUUUGUCUUUUUUGUUUCUC